UAUAAAAACAAUGAUUAAGGAUGACGCAUCAGUAAUAGUUUCGACAUUAAAAGAACUUAAAGCAAAUUAUUUGACUAAAAAGUCUAGACCAAUCCCUUAUAGAAUCUAAUAACUAAAUAAUUUACUUAGAGGACUUAAAGAAUUAAGAAACGAGUUUUAUGAAGCUUUUCAGAAAGUAUUUAUUUCUAAAAUAUCUUAUAGGAUCUUGGUUACUAAGAUUAAUUCUUUUGUGAAUUAGUACAAUAUUAGUCAGUUUUAACUCAUAUUGAAUGUGAUAUUAAAAACAUUUAUAAAUACACAGCUAAAAGAUCUAUUAGUACAUCAAUAAUGGCAGCUCCAGGAACUAGUUAUUUGAUGCCAGAACCAUUUGGAGUUGUAUUAGUUAUAGGAGCUUGGAAUUAUCCAAUAUUUACUUGUAUUCCAUAAGUGUCUUAAGCAAUUGGAGCAGGAAAUGCAGUUGUAUUAAAACCUUCAGAAUUGGUUCCUCAUCUUUCUAAUGUUUUAGCAAAAUUAAUUACUAAUUAUUUAGAUUAAUCACUUUAUAGAGUUAUAGAAGGAGGAGUUAAUGUAGCAAUUAAUAUUACUAAAUAACCAUUUGAUCUUAUUAUAUUUACUGGAGGAACUGAAAAAGGAAAAUUAGUAGCUAAAGCUGCUGCUGAAAAUUUAGUCCCUUGUAUUUUAGAAUUAGGUGGUAAAGGACCAUGUAUUAUUGAUUCUUCAAGUGAUUUAGCUUUAGCUGGAAGAAGAGUUAUUUCUACCAAAUUAUAUAAUUGUGGUUAGACUUGUGUUGCUCCAGAUUAUGUUCUUGUUGAAGAAUCUAUUUUAGAAAAUGUUGUUAAUACAUUUAAAUAAUAAAUCAAAGAUUUCUAUGGAUCUGAAACUAAAACAUCUGGAUGUCUUAAUAGAAUAGUCAAUGAAUUCCAUACUAAUAGAAUUAUUGAAUAUCUAAAUAAUCAUGGAGGUAAAGUUGUUCAUGGAGGUUAAUAUAAUUUAUAAGAAAAAUGGAUAGAACCAACAUUUAUUAUUAAUCCUGAUCCCAAUAGUGAACUUAUGAAAAAUGAAAUCUUUGGACCAAUACUUCCUAUUAUUACAUAUAAAAAAAUAGAAGAUGCAAUUAAUUAUAUUAAUUCUAAACCUAAACCACUGGCUCUCUAUUAUUUUGGUACCAAUAAACAUCAUAAAAAUUCUAUCCUUGAAUCUACAUCUUCUGGAGGUGUUUGUAUUAAUGAUUGUAUCUUUCAUUUAAUUAAUAAUGAAUUACCUUUUGGAGGUGUAGGUGAUAGUGGCUAUGGAGUUUGUGGUAGUAAAUAUGGAUUUGAUUAAUGUUAACAUUUAAAACCUGUUCUUGAAAAAUCUACUAUUGAUCCAUCAGCUAGGUAUGAUAUUUUCUUUAUUUCUAAGAUAUCCACCAUAUACAAACAGUAAAAAAUCUUAAAUGAAUUUCCUUUCUAAUCUAGGUAUCUAUACCUAAUCAGAAGUUUUGUUUAAACUAUUUAUGGUUCUCUUCCUUUUAGGAAUAUUUAUUUAUUUAACAUGUUGUUGCAACUGUUCCAAAAAUAAGCUUUAAGCAGAUUUAUGAUAUCAUUAGUAUUAAAAGAA